UCCAAGUUGGAUCUAUGCCGUCCAAACAUUAAGAUGUGGUUAAAAACUAACCGCAGAUAGAUAAACAGGUUACCAACAACUCUCUCGCUCUCUCUCUAUCUUGUCAUCUACCAAAACGCACCAAUGGAUUUCACAGCAGAUCAACUUCUUCAGUACAAUGGUACAAACCCUUCAAACCCCAUAUAUGUAGCAAUCAAAGGAAGAGUCUUUGAUGUGACAACAGGCAAAAGCUUUUAUGGACCAGGUGGUUCUUAUGCAAUGUUUGCAGGCAAGGAUGCAAGCAGGGCUUUAGCUAAAAUGAGCAAAAAUGAUGAAGAUAUCUCUUCUUCAUUACAUGGACUUACUGAGAAGGAGAUUGGUGUGCUUGAUGAUUGGGAAAAGAAGUUUGAGGCUAAGUACCCUGUUGUUGGUCGUGUUGUGUCUUAGAAAGAUCGGAGCAGUGUGGUCAAUCUGUGUUUUCCAAUAAUGGGUUUAUAUGAUUUUUGUGAAAGAUUGUGACUUUUGAUGUUCUUGUUGGGUUUGGAUAGUGAAGGCUGUGUGUGUGCGCGCGUGUGUGUAACGUCUACAAUUUGGGGGUUAAUGAAUAAAUCUGGGUUGUGUGAA